AUGGCGAGAUCACUCUGGACACAUAACACCCCCCCCCCCCCUCUCGGGGGGAACCUAUCGCCUCAAAACAAACAAGACACAAAGAAACCUAAGACACAAAUAAAUAAUGAACAAGCAACACGCCUCCGCACCAUCCACCUCAGCACCCUCCACACCCCAGCGCCGCCACCUCUUCCCAGCCACGACCCCACGCUGCCUCCCAGACACUACACUGCACAGAUUCACGCCCCAUAUCACGCCGCUGAAAAUGCCGCCGAUUCGUCCGCUACCAUCGGCGGUGCGGGGUGCCGCGUCGGGGAGCGGGUGAGGCAGUUGAAGGUGCCGCCGGUAAGGAUGAUGGGCUUGGUGGGCAUGUCGGGGUUGGGCUGUGGUGUGACAGUAAGGAGGGGGAGGGGUAAGGGGAGCCCGAGAUGGGUGGAGAGGGGGGAAGGUCGUGGCGGGUUGGUUGCAGGAGCGGUGGCAGGGGCUAGGGCCGGGGUGGAGAGUGGGGUGGAUUUGGAUGAUAGGGGUAGAGUGGAGGUGGCGAGUGAGGAGCGGUGA